UCUCGUCCUGUGGUCUGACUUCGCUCGCUGCUGCUGCGCGUCCCCCUCUCUUGUUGCCUUUUUUUUUUUUUCCUUACCGAGCGAGAGAGAGAUGGAUAUGUAAACCCAAAAGCCUGCAGCUGGGGUUCCCUGCACGGAAGGCAGCACUGCGCAGGAUACAGAGGAGGGAGAGGGAGAGAGAGGGAGGAGAGAGAAGGGGAGAGAGAGGAGAGAGGAGAGAGGAGAGGAGAGUGGGGAUCAGACCUGCCACAUCCCUGCCAAGGGUGAGAGCAUUUUACGCGCCGAUCUCUCCAGCAGCUCUUCCUUCUUUCCUUCUUUCCACCAUCAGGACUAAAUUCCACCAUGCAAACUUUUCCUCUCGUUCCGACGUAAAAGAAACAACUUUUACCACCGCGGACCUCCGUCUGAACUUCUCCCGGUGCCAAUUAUACAGCCCGAGUGUUGAAGCCUGCCCGGUCACCACUGACCCUGUUAGCCAGCUUUAAUGUCAACUCCCUGGCUCCAAAGUGGAGGGAAUUACCCCACUUUUAGUCUCCAAUCAGGAAAAAAAGAAGAACAACACAGCAAAAUGCAGAGCUUGACUCUAUCCCGACCCAUGCGCUCUUCUCCGGGUCUGACUGCUCUUGCGUUCUGGUGAAAACACAGGGUCAGGACUGUGUGGAUAAAACCCUGAGGGUUUUGACAUUUCAGCCUUACUGUCUUUUUUUAGUCUAUCGCUGCUCUUCUGGCCUCGGUGCUUUUUUGGAGGAGGCCCAGAUGACGGGGUGGCGCUGCUCAGGCAUAUGCAGAGCCCUGGCUCUCCUGGCGCUCCUGUUUCCCUUGCGGCAGAGGGGCUGCUGGGGGCUGAAUCCCAGCUCUGGGGACCUGGAGAAGUCCCCGCGCUCUGAUCCAGACCCCUGGGAGGGCCUGCACAGGAACAAACGCAGCUGGGUAUGGAACCAGUUCUUCGUAUUGGAGGAGUACACGGGGAAUGAACCGCUCUACGUUGGCAAGCUACACUCAGACGUGGACAAAGGAGACGGCAAGGUCAAGUAUGUGCUCUCCGGUGAGGGCGCCACCUCCAUCUUCACCAUUGAUGAGAACACGGGAGACAUCCACGCCACGAAGCGCCUCGAUCGGGAGGCGCAAGCUUACUACACCCUCCAAGCUCAAGCCGUAGACCGAAUCACCAACAUACCCGUGGAGCCCAGGUCUGAAUUCGUGGUCAAGGUCCAGGACAUCAACGAUAAUGAGCCAAAGUUUCUUGAUGGGCCGUACUUGGCAGGGGUACCGGAGAUGUCACCCUUGGGAACGAUGGUGGUGCAAGUGGCGGCCACUGAUGCAGACGACCCGACGUACGGGAACAGCGCCAGGGUGGUGUACAGCAUCAUCCACGGACAGCCCUACUUCUCAGUGGAGCCCAAGACAGGCGUCAUCAGAACAGCCCUCCCCAACAUGGACCGGGAGACGAGGGACCAGUAUGUUCUCGUCAUCCAGGCCAAAGACAUGGUCGGCCAGAUGGGCGGCCUCUCCGGCACCACCUCCGUCACCGUCACACUAACCGAUGUCAACGACAACCCUCCUCGGUUCACUCACAAGAACUAUCAGUACACGGUGCCGGAGUCGCUGCCGGUGCAGUCCGUGGUGGCCAGAAUCAAAGCAGCCGAUGCGGAUAUAGGCUCCAACGCGGAGAUGGACUUCAGGAUCAUGGACGGCGACGGGCCCGGCAUGUUCAACAUCACCACAGAUGAGGAGACGCAAGACGGGAUCAUCAUCCUCCUGAAGCCUCUAGACUUCGAAACAAAGAGCAGCUUCUCUCUGAGAAUCGAAGCCACAAACAGGAAUAUUGACUCCAACUUCUUGAGCCUGGGCCCAUUUAGCGACACGACGUCCGUCAAGGUGACGGUGGAAGACGUGAACGAGCCGCCUGUCUUCUCCUCGCCACUCAGCAAGAUGGUUGUUUCGGAAGACGCCAAAGUUGGCACGUCGAUCGGGAGAGUCUCUGCCCACGAUCCAGACAACUCCAACAAUGGCAUCAGGUACUCCAUCGACAGGAACACGGACCUGGAGCGCUUCUUCAACGUGGACGCUAUGAGUGGGGUCAUCAGCACGGCCAAGUCUCUGGACCGAGAGGCCAACUCGGUCCACAACCUCACCAUCUUCGCCAUGGAGAGCCAGGACCCGACCCAAAUUGGAAAAGGCAUCUCUCUCAUCACGGUGUCGGACAUAAAUGAUAAUGCCCCGGUCUUCGCCAUCGACUAUGAAACUCUGCUCUGUGAGAACGCCUUGCCAGGACAGGUGAUACAGACCAUCAGCGCGGUGGAUAAGGACGAACCUCUCAGCGGCCACCGCUUUUAUUUCACUCUGGCCGCACCGGCUGCCGGCAACCUCAACUUCACUCUGCGAGAUAACAAAGACAACACGGCGUCCGUGCUGACGAAGCGAGGCGGCUUCAGGCGGCGGGAGCAACCUGUGUAUCGGCUGCCCGUGCUGAUUGUGGACAGUGGAAGUCCUGCGCUCAGCAGCACGAACACACUCUCGGUGCGGGUGUGCGACUGCGACUCCGACGGCGUGGCUUUGUCCUGCGGGGCCGUGGCCUACACCGCCACCGGCCUCAGCACCGGCGCCCUGCUGGCUAUUUUAGGCUGCAUCAUGACGCUUCUGGUGAUGGUUCUGCUGAUCGUGACGAUGCGUCGCAGGAGGAAGGAGCCCCUGAUCCUGGAGGAGGAGAGGGACAUCAGAGAGAACAUCGUCCGCUACGACGACGAGGGCGGCGGCGAGGAGGACACGGAGGCGUUCGACAUGGUCACCCUCCGCAACCUGAACGUCAUCAGGGACCCCAACGUGCGGCGAGAUGUCACCCCGGACACUCCCACUUUCUUUCAUUACCCAUCAACUUCCCGCCCGUCCUAUAAAUCCCUGCCGGACAACGUGGUGUUUCGAGAGUUCAUUUGGGAGCGACUCAAGGAUGCUGACGUGGACCCGUCAGCUCCUCCGUACGACUCUCUGCAGACGUACGCUUUUGAAGGCAGCGGCUCUGUAGCUGAGUCGCUAAGCUCUCUGGAGUCACUAAGUACAGACUCGGAUCAGAACUACGACUAUCUCAGCAACUGGGGGCCACGCUUCAAAAAGCUGGCCGACCUGUACGGCAACAGCGACGGCACCAGCGUCUUCUCAUAGCCCCUUAAAUGUUUCUCUUAAAACAAUUGUUGGACUUUAAGAUGAAAAAAAAAAAAGAAAUAAUUAAGAGUAAUUUAUUGUCAGAGAAAAAUGAUUUUGUCUGCCUUAGUGCAUCGGAGGGAGGGAAAAAAAAGAUUCAAAGACAACACGAGAGAGAUUGAAAGAAAAACACUUUGACUUCAAAGGUUCUCGGUUUGUUUACCUCCUUGUAUGGAUUUUCAAAAGCGUGCCACGGUGAGUUUUGACACAGACUUCAAAAGUGACUCGAUGGAGGAGGAAACCUUGUGUGCAAAAAAGACAUUAAAAGGUUUUUGGAUUUUUUCGGGGGCUCCGGUCCAACCGCCGACUGCCGUAUGCAUACAUGUUGGAUCAUUUUUACGGGGAGGCACCUGUCCUUUUCAUUCCAGGCGACGGGCACCGACCCAGCACUCUUUUUUUUUUUUUUUUUGCUUUGAUGCAUUCCUUUGCUAUCUUUGUGCAAAAAAAAAAGAAAAAGAAAAGAAAAAAAAAAAAACACAUCAAUGUUUCUCAUGAGAUGCUGUGUCCCUGGCGGCUAACCAGUAGUCACUUGAGCGUUCAUGCAAAAUUUGACAAUUUCUAUGCGGUUUUUUUGGGGGGUUUUUUUGCAUUUUUUUUUCUUCCUUUCUGGGAGGGUUUUUUGUCAGUAGGAUGACGAGAAUAAACUUUUUAAAGCGUCAGAGCCACAUUAUUCAUGGACUCUGUCAGAAACCUCACCGCUAUAUGAAGAGUGCUGCAAAGUGCACACGUCCUGUAUAAACAAGUAGUCGACGUGCUGAGGAAAGUGAUUUGAGGAGAAAGAAGCGAUGCUCUCGUCGGUUCGCGUAUGAUUUCUCUUAUUCUCCUUACAAUACAUUUUGCAGAUGUUGCAACGUAGUGUUUGUCUGAGUCUGUUUUUCUUCAGCCUUUUAUAUUUCCGAGUCCGAUGUAUAAUUUCUGAGCUAUACAAUUCAGUUGUUCUCUUUGUACGAGGCUUCGGGGUGGUGGGAACGUCUGCUGUGUGAGAAAAAAAAGCUCCGCCGAAGGAUCCUUGUUGUGUUUGAUGGCGAGACUCACACCAACUAGACUCUAGAAAAAAAAAAAAA